CAUGCAUUUAACCAAACCUCACCUCCGGACUUGAUAUAUGAUUAUCAAAAUUACAAUAUUUAUGCAGUCCAAAGUAACAAAAAUGCGACCUCAAGCAACGGGAUUUACAGGCUAAGGUUCAAUUCUACAGUGGAUGUUAUACUUCAGAAUGCAAAUACCAUGACUGCAAAUAACAGUGAGACACAUCCCUGGCAUCUCCACGGACAUAAUUUCUGGGUAUUAGGGUAUGGGGAUGGGAAAUUUGAUAAGUCCAAGGAUCCGAAGGGUUACAAUUUGGUGGAUCCAAUACUGAAGAACACGGUGCCUCUGCAUCCUUACGGAUGGACUGCUUUGAGGUUCCAGGCGGAUAAUCCUGGAGUCUGGUUCUUCCACUGUCAUGUAGAUGCUCAUCUGUUCAUGGGAAUGGGAGUUGUGUUUGAAGAGGGGAUUGAAUAUGUGAAGAAGCUGCCUUCCUCCAUUAUGGGUUGUGGGGGAAAAUAAAGGUCAGUACUAAGAUCUAUUGAGAAUAAAACGUACAGCCAUGG